GCAGUGAGAGUCCACCUUUGGCGUCCCCCGUAAACAAUCGCCUGUCCUUUAUAAGGGGGAGCUUGAUUGUUGUGAGCCAGUUAGAACCGACCUUCAGCCGGACGCACACCUCUGCAGUGGUGGCGAAUUCUUGACAAGAAAGUUAGUCGCAGCAACGAGACCAUGAAUCCCAGGCUCGUAUGGGCGCUAUUUCUCCUGGUGCUUGUGGCGGUGUGUCACGCCGAGCACCCCGGGCACGACAGCGGUGAGCACGACGAGCACGAGCACAGCAAGCACGAGGACCACGACCACAGCGAUCACCACGAGCACGGCAGCUCCCACCAGCACGAAGAUGAGCACAGCUCACAUGAGCACGAAGAGCACCACGACUCGCACGAGCACACCUCAAAACAGCACGAAGAGCACGAGCACGGCCCGGACCACGAGCAUGGUGACAGCCAUGAACGUCAUGGUUCCCACGAAAGUGAGCUGAAAGAGUUCUGUCGUGGAGAGUGCCCUGAGUACGAGGUGCUGUGCCACAACCAUGAAUACGAUGUGAGACGGUACAAAAGCGCCCUCUGGAUCUCCACCACGGUAUCGGACCCGUCUCUGUACCAGGGUCACGUACGCGGCUGGAACCGCCUGCACAAGUAUAUCAGAGGAGGGAACAAGGAAGGAGUGAAGAUGCCGUACACCGCACCCCUGGUGACACAAACCCGGGAACCCCAGGAGAGCCCCUUCCACGAGGUCACCGUGUCCAUGCCGCUUCCCAAGGACAUGGCUAAGAACCCUCCCACACCGAUCGACCCUCAUGUGGUGAUUGAUCUCGUACCCGAGUCUAUCGUGUACGUGAAGAAGUACCGAGGCCGUGCCGCCCGUGUCGGGUUUGUGGCAGAGCGGGAGGCCAAGAAGUUUUUCACCACCCUGGAGCACCACCAUGAACCCUUCCAUGGCAAGAACGACUAUUUCUACAUCGCUCAAUACGACAGCAGUCGUGCUGGAUCUUCUGACCCGAAAAUGUACAACGAGAUUUGGGUUUUCGCCAUGAACGAGAGGACGUUCAAGUGGCUAGAGUUCAACGACCUCAACGGCCACGGAGAGGGACUGCCCCACUGCCUCCAUCACGACAACAGAGUCGGUUCGUGGCACAAGAUGAACCAGGAGGACAUCCCUGUAGAGGCCCUGGCCAGGAGGCAGUGCUCUGAGACGUUCUGUGAAGCACCGAAGAAGUGUCCCAAGUAUUCGGCAAAGGCGGUGAAAGAGGUGGACGACGAGACCAUCCAAAUUAGAGAGGAGAAGGACCUGAAGGCUGUCGGUGUCGUCCCUCUCACCUGUAACUUCGACACGGCCAUGCACUCGUCUACAGGACCCCUGAUGCAGUAUUUGAACGAAACAGGAGUGCCUUUGUCAGACGUCGCGGCUACUAUGACUGCUGUCGUAGAGAAGCGAGAUGAUGAGGAUGGAAAGGAGGGCUGUGGAAAAUUCUACAAAGUCUACUUCGGCAUGGGCGGCGGAAGUGGCAAACCGGAAGAUGACUACACCCUGUCUUUGAAUGAAGACCUCUUCAAGGCACCGAAGACCAUUAAGGUGUUGCACGAUGGGAACGCUGCCGGAGGGAAUAACUUCUACACCAAGUGUUUUGGUGGCAACGCCUACUACGAACCAACCACUGUCACUACAACGUCGAAGAUGACCAUGGACAAGUUGAGGGAUGCAAAGAAGUGCAUGCUGGAAGACCACUUCACUGUGAUCGAGUACCACUCGCAGUCCAGGCUGUUCGACAGGUUUAAUGAGAUCAACAUCGAUGCCGAUCUGGACUGCAGUGACCAGGAGGGCCGUCCGGAGUUCACCUUCCACCUCCCACUGAGUAAGGGCUACCACCGGGACGAGGCGAAGCCGGUGUUCGGGGACCGCUGCACCACGUACGAGUGCCCCAACAUGUCCAUCGCCGUGAGAUUUGAGAACAACCUCAGGCUGAUGAAACAUCCAGCAGGAAAGUGGAUCUGCUCCAACAGCACAGGAGUGUCUUGUUCGUACGCACAGGCCUGGGAGAAGGCACUCCAGCCCAUCUUGUCAUACAUCAACGGUAAGAACGAGGACAACGUGAGGAUGGACAUGACGAGACCUCUGUAUGGACAGGGACAUACAGGAGAGAAGGGAAACGAGUGUGUGAAGACGUUCACGUUGUGCAUGUACCUACCAGUAGAACAUACAGAGAACCCACCAAAGCCCAUCGAUGACCAUAUUGGCAUCCGAACAGCAGACAAAGAAAUCUACUGGUUCCAGUCCGUGUUCGUGGGAGAGCCGACUCCGGAGAGGAUGUACAAGUCCCUGACAGACAUGACUGAGCAACUUGACGAUCUCAAGCCGUUUGGAGUCGAUUAUUCCAUAGAUGGAACGGAACUUUGGUUCGGAGGGUACGACGAACCUGGGGAUGAGCAAGGUCUGCACGAAAUCAUCAUUGUAGACCAGCAGCACAUCUACUGGAAGCCAGAAGAAAAGGAGGGAGAGGAGGAGGAAGAGAAGGAGGAGACGGACGCCCAUGAUCACGACUGGGUGGACCUUCCCAAGCCGGAAGGCUGCAAUGACGAAACUUGUCUAGACAUCCACGUCACCAAAGAGCACGAAGACUUUAUGGAGAUCCACUUCCCGAAGACCAAGGGCGUGUGUCAGUGGGCGAAGGGCUGCAACAAGGGGACGUCCGGACGGUCUUCCUUCCUGCCGCUCUUCAAGUACUUCAACGGAGACAACGCGGAGAACGAGGUGAUUGGAGACAUGACGUCACCAAUCGUUGUACAGAUCAAGACUCAUAGUGGAGAAGAGGAGGGUGCAGACAUGGGUGCGUGUGACCGUGAGUUCCAGACCUGCGCCAGGCUGCCUGAUGCCUGGAUCGACCAAGGCAAGGACAUACCAAAACCGAACGGAGAAGGGAUGUCAACGUUUGACAACGAAGGUGCGGACGCCUACGCCAUCUCCCUGAAGGGAGUGACUGACAAUUCACUGGAAGGCACAUUGGCAGAGCGCAUGGAAGAACUCGGACAAAAGUUGCAGGAGGAGGGACUCGAGUUUGACAAGGACUGGGUGCUGGUCUUCGCGUACGACACCCCUUUCACCCCCCCUGAGGAUAAGGUCACCUACAUGGCUUUCCUCAAGCCCUCUGGAGCUAAGGAGGGAGGAGAGAUGGCAAGUGACGAGGCCAGUGUGGAGAAACCGGCGAGCGACGAGGAGAAACCAGCCGAGGAGAAGGAGGGAGAUGAUGAGGGAGAGAAAGAAGAGGAACCUACGGAGGGAGAUGAGGAACCUACGGAGGGAGAAGAGAAAUCCGAAGAUGAGACAGAGGCACCAGAGGAAGAAGGAGAAGAUGAGGAAUAGAAUAUCGUGCAAUCGUAAACGUGUAGAAAAGUGUACAUCAGUUUUUUUCCUACAAUGUAUUUGUAUCGAGAAUCUAUUGAUUGAGAAAAUUGAAAUAAAUGAUUUAGUCAAGAAAGUUAUUUUAGAGCUUUGUCAGCAUAGCCAGCAGCUGCAUAAUGUUGUUUAAAUGAGUAGCGAGAGUCGUCGUGGGUUUUUGUGGCAAACGAUCUGUGCACUUCUGCAUGAAUUCUUCACCCGAUAUGCCUCAAAUUUCUUUACUAUACACAUAGACUUCCCUGUAAAGAUAUAAGAUAUAAAGUAGAUAUCUGAAAACAUAUCAGAUCACGAGGUUGUGGUCAACGUUUGCACUGUUCUUUCUAAUGACGACAUAGACCAAAUCCUAUGGUAGAUUAUAGGCUGUGUGUACUGAAGUUGUACUAAUUUCUAUCCUUACACAAAGCAAUAAACAAAAGUCAACGUUACAAAUAA